AUUUCCCCCACCUCCGCACCCUCUCACCUGUACCUCCAACACCACCGCCCUCCCCUCUCCUCUGCUUUCUCAAACUGGAAAUUCCAAUUUCCUCCCACGUCUCCGCCAGGUGUCACAAUCAUCCUCUCGAUGGCUCGUCUCCCCGCCCCUAAAGGAUGGCAGUGCGGAAGCGGAAGAGACUGCAGGGCCGGGAAGCCUCUCUUUAGGCCGGCGGCGUCCUGGGCUCCGGGCCGCGCGCCGCGAUGCCGAGCCCCCGGAGGAACGCCGAGGGACGCCCGCUGGGCGCCUCCGUUUCGAGCAGCAGCAGCAGCCCCGGCAGCCCGGCCCAUGGCGGCGGCGGCGGCAGGUUCGAGUUCCAGUCCCUGCUCAGCAGCCGGGCGCCGGGCACGGACCCUACCUGCGCCCGGCUCCGCGCGUCCGAGAGCCCCGUGCACCGCCGCGGCUCCUUUCCCCUGGCUGGGACCGGCCCUUCGCAGGCGCCCUCGCCUCCGCUGCCCGAGGAGGACCGCAUGGACCUGAACCCGUCCUUCCUGGGCAUCGCCCUGCGCUCCCUGCUGGCCAUCGACUUGUGGCUGUCCAAGAAGCUGGGAGUGUGCGCGGGGGAGAACUCGUCCUGGGGCAGCGUGCGGCCCCUGAUGAAGCUGCUGGAGAUCUCCGGACACGGCAUCCCCUGGCUGCUGGGCACCCUCUACUGUCUGUUCAGAAGCGACAGCUGGGCCGGGCGCGAGGUGCUGAUGAACCUGCUCUUCGCCCUGCUGUUGGACCUGCUGCUGGUGGCCCUGAUCAAGGGGCUGGUCCGUAGGCGCCGCCCGGCCCACAACCAAAUGGACAUGUUUGUCACCCUCUCGGUGGACAAGUACUCCUUCCCCUCGGGCCAUGCCACCAGGGCUGCCCUGAUGUCGCGGUUCAUCCUGAACCACCUUGUGCUGGCCAUUCCACUGAGGGUGCUGAUAGUACUGUGGGCCUUGAUCUUGGGCCUCUCCAGGGUCAUGCUGGGGCGGCACAAUGUCACCGACGUAGCUUUUGGCUUUUUCCUGGGCUACACGCAGUACAGCAUCGUGGACUAUUGCUGGCUCUCACCGGACAAUGCCCGGGUCCUCUUUGUACUGUGGAAACAACAAUGACACCAUCCCGUUCGUUAUGGCAUCAGGAGAUCUGAAGGUUUUCACAUGCCGUGAUACUGACAUAAACCAGCAGCCACACCGCUUGUCCCUCUUAGGACCUUUCAGGCUUCCUUUGGGAUUUCAGGCGUCCUACCAUCUUGAUGGGUUGCUAGGCUGGAGCACGUGCUGGCCAUUACUGAUCACAGCCAUUUUACGGAAAGCAAAAAAAUCCCUCUAUUAUAUAUUUAUUCAACAACUGUUUAUACUUCCAGGACAACGGCAAAGAAACCAAGCUGGUGAUUAUAAUGUUGCUGUUUUUUAAAAGUUGACAUCAGUAAAACUUGUGUUUUGUAGUAAUCCUGUAAAUCAAUGUAUCACUUCUAAAUUGAACUUUGAAAACGAAACAUGAUCUUCAUUCUGUAAAUAUCCAUGCAGAUAAGCCACAUACUAAUAUUACCUAGUUCUUUUCCUGAGGUAGAUUUUAAGCAGUAUUUUAAGAGUCUAAGACACUGGUUUUUCUAGUGUAUUCCCUGAAGAUCUGUUGCCACAGUUGGGAAGAUAUUCUCUUAACCCCGAUUUUCUUGGUAAGCGUUUUUAGUUUAUUGUCUCUUCCAUCUUUGUGGAUUGGGUAAUGAGAAGAGAGAUUAUAGUACAUAUCUUUCUCUCCUUUCCCUCUAAAUCCUCAAAAGAUCUUUAAAUAGAUAUUUCUUUGCCACUAGUCUCUAAUAAUGUCUUUUAGCAUUCAGAGAACAAGCCAAGCACUUACUUGAAGAAGAAACACUUAAAGGUGGGUAUACCUACAGUCCCCAUAGAAAAGGAAAGAUGGAACUCUGGCCUCAUGCUUAAUUCUGUUGACAACCAAUAGCAUGGCAUGACAGACGGCAUAAAAGCUAAGUUGCUGAGGAGGUCAGAGGACAUGAGAGUUUGGGGGUAUGUCAUCCUGUCAAUGGACCAGUAUGGCAGGAGAUGGGGCCCGCUGCCCAUCAUCUCUACUGAAUAAAGAAUAAUGGUCCUCUAUUGAGGUGGUAAAAUGGGAAAAUAACGUAAUUCUUUGCAAUGCAAAAGCAUAAGCUUUCUCAUACAUACCACAAGGAUGACCUUGUAUAUCAUAGGUUUUCAUAUGGAAUUCUGUUUCCCUGUAUACAGCACACUUUAGGUAACAGUAUUUAACUUGAAAUUGAUCAGGGGGAAUCUGCUGCUAUACCAGGCACAAGGUAUAACUAACUCCUAAAUUUCUGUUUACAUUUACCUUUACAUUUAAAAUAGUUUAUGCAUGGUGCCUCCCCAAAUCACAAGACCAAAGACCACCAAAUGCAGGGUGGACUCUAUUCAUUAUUCUUUGCCAGGAAAGACCGAAAAGGGUAUGUGUUUAAAUGCUGCUCGACCUGAAAAUAAGAACCUUUAAAUUACCAUGGAACUGGUGUCUUCAGAUAAUCUUAAUGACCAAUUAUUUCGGCAUUUAUAAAUAGAAAGGAUUAUGGGUUUUGACCUGCCAUAUAGAGGUGCACAUAGGAAUCUGGAGAAUGGCUGUUACAAGUAGGCUCUGAUUGGGUGGAAGCAUGAACUUCCUGAGAGUGAGGCACACUGAAAGAGAAACAGCUACUCCUUAAAAUAAAAUCAUUUACAUUCCCAUAACAUCCUGGACACAGACUACCUCUUCACUUGCUGAGUCAGUCAAACUGUGAAGGUCUAAUUGGUUUGUUUUAUUUUUAGCCUUAGAAAGAGCCUUUAUUUUAAUUGCAGCAAUAUUCAGGACAAAUAUUUGGAAGCAAUGAUAUUUCCUCUUGCAAUGUCCACAAGGCUGAAUAUUGGGGGCUCAAAAUUAGGCUUAUCUUCUGGUUCCUGGUUCUACUUCUGGAAUCCCCUGUCUUAGUUGCUGGGACCUGAGUUUGCUGCCUUUUAAAGCACAGAUCAAUUCACCUGAUGUUUUUGGAGAACCCUAAGUACUGUAGAGUAGAAAACUGAUUUCACUAUUAAUUGUACACUGAGGAAUGCCUUUUAAAAAUCAAAAUAAAAUUAACCAGUAAUGUUGAA